UCAAGCCAUCAACACAUCUCUCUCUCUCUCCUCUCUCUCUCUCAUACGCACGCAACAAACAGACGCAGACAGAGACUGACAUAUAGACAUAGAAACACAGAAAGAAGAAAAUAUGGAGGUAUCAAUCCAGUCAAUUGCAGUAGCGACGGUUCUGGUCGUCCUGACGACGUUGGUGUGGAGGGCGGUGAACUGGGUGUGGCUGAGGCCGAAGAGGCUCGAGAGGCUCUUGAGACAGCAAGGCUUGUCCGGUGAACCCUACACCUUCCUGCUUGGAGACCUCAAGGAGAACUCGCGGUUGCUCAAGGAAGCCAUGUCCAAGCCCAUCGCCGUCUCCGACGACAUCAAGCCUCGCCUCUUGCCUUACUUGCAUCAAUCCUACCAAACCCAUGGCAAAGACUCGUUCAUGUGGCUAGGCCCAACACCGAGAGUGAACAUAACGAACCUGGAACAAAUAAAGGAGAUCUUCUCCAAGAUAGAUGACUAUCAAAGGCUAGACUUCAAUCCGCUGGUGAAGUUGCUCGCCGAUGGACUUGCGAACCACGAGGGCGAGAAAUGGGCACGGCACCGGAGGAUCAUCAAUCCAGCAUUCCACAUAGAGAAGUUGAAGCUUAUGUUGCCCGCUUUUUAUUCAAGUUGCACUGAAAUAGUUGGUAGAUGGGAAAAAUUGGUAUCAGCAGAGAGGUCGUGUGAGGUCGACGCAUGGGUCGACCUUCAACAUUUGACUCGAGAGGUGAUCUCUCGAACAGCAUUUGGCAGUAGCUUUGAAGAAGGCAAAAGGAUCUUCGAACUUCAGGAGGAACAAACCCUGCUUGUGCUCAAAGUCAUGCGAUCGGUCAACAUCCCCGGCUGGAGGUUUGUGCCAACUAAGAUGAAUAGAAGGAUGAAGAAGAUAGAUAAGGAAGUGAAUGCUCUGCUCACGGACAUCAUCCGCAAAAAAGAGAAAGCAAUGAGGGCAGGGGAAGCUUCCGGCGAUGAUAUGCUGGGGUUGUUACUGGAGUCAAACGCGAAAGAGAAUGUCAAGAUGAGCCUUCACGACGUGAUCGGGGAGUGCAAGCUUUUCUACUUCGCCGGACAAGAGACGACUUCGGUCUUGCUGGUUUGGACCAUGGUCCUGUUGAGCGUGCACUCGGAUUGGCAAGCGCGAGCUAGGGAGGAGGUCCUCCAAAUCUUUGGAAGUAGAAAACCUGACCAUGACGGGUUAAGCCAUCUCAAGAUUGUCACAAUGAUCUUGAAUGAGGUUAUGAGGUUAUAUCCUCCGUUUAUGAUUCUCCCACGCAAGGUUCACAGGGAAACAAAACUCGGGAAGCUGACCAUACCCUCUGGAGUCCAGCUCGCAAUUCCGACUCUCCUCAUCCACCAUGAUAAAGAACUGUGGGGCGAGGAUGCUGAGGAGUUUAAGCCGGAGAGGUUUGCUGAGGGAGUGUCCAAGGCCACCAAGAACCAACUCUCCUUUUUCCCAUUCGGAUGGGGCUCCCGUAUAUGCAUCGGCCAGAACUUCGCAAUGAUAGAGGCGAAGAUGGCGCUUGCUAUGAUACUCCAGCAAUUCAAAUUCGAGCUCUCUCCAUCUUAUGUGCAUGCUCCUUCCGAUGUCAUCACCCUCCAGCCACAGCACGGUGUUCGGGUCAUCUUGCACAAGGCAAACUAAAAAAUUACAAAUCGUGGUGACAUGUAGUGUAGACAAAAACGUGCAUUAGAAUAAUGAAGUCAUACACCAUUUUUCAAGUUUAUGCGUACUAGAAUAAUAGUUUUUGUAAGUCAUCAGUUAUUUUUAGUUUCGUGAUAGCAAGCGGCUCGGUGUAUCCGAAUCUUCCUAUUAGAAAAACCUUAGAAGAAGAUAAGGUAUGCCUUUUCCUAAUGAUAUAAUAAAUCUAUUAAUUUCUAUUCAGAU